AAUAUGCAACUCCAAUUACAGAAUGCUUUAUGCAGAACGGAUGGAGCAUUGCGCAGUUUGGUGCGCUCUGUUGUUCUUUGUUAUCUCUUUUUGUUCUUUAUUGUUUGAUUUCAUGAUUUGAUCUUGAUCUUAUGUUAUCAUCCAUGGUUCUGAUCUGACAUCUGACGUUGGUUGAGGUCGUUGAGCUGAAAAAGUUGCCAGUUGUGGUGGACGGCUGACUAUUUGAUUUGUGAAGAAAAUCUUCCAUGUUCAAAAUCAAGAUAACCAUGAGCGAUUACGACGAAAGUAUAGACGGGCUGGUAGAAGAAGAGGAAUCUGAAAACAGUGAUGAAUACGACGAUUACUCCGAUUACUCCGAUCGGGAGUGCAAACGAUGCAAAACUGAAGACUCUUAUAAAUUCGUGACUAUAAAUCCGGUAAUUUUAACUAACGUUCCCAAAUUAAUGGAUAUGGCUUCUGUAACGAUCGCAGCCAGUCUAUGGAAUCACAUCAACGUACCUAAAGCUGUACGCAGUGUAAGUGAUAGAUGUACGAGAAGAAGCACCCAAUGGAGCUCAUUGUGCGGAGACGUGAUCGCAUUAAUCUCAAAGUUACCUAUACCUAAACUUAUCGCCGAACAGAUCGAUCGAUAUGUACGCAAGAUGACCAACGAAAUAACCGCUUGGGUAUCGUAUCAUUAUCGAACGGUGUUUUUGAGAAAUGGGCUCGAUAAAUUCGUCUACAGUCUGGUUUAUCAUAUUGUUUGGUAUCCAAACGGUGCUAUCGACUGCGUUCAAACUGCGAGAAGUAUGAUGACGUCGAUGAGAUUAAGCGAUGUUGAAAAAUUCCGAUUUUUAUGCGUGUAUUGUUUGUACGAUGACAUGGAUGAAAUGUCGCCGCUGAUGUAUUUGGACAAUACAGUAGAUUACUUGAGCUGUAACGAAGAUCCUUUGAUUUUUUAUUGGUAUUGUUAUUUUAGAAAUGAAUUGGACCAGAUUCCGGGAUCUAUUAAUGUUUACAUGUUGCAUCAUGAUAAAGUCGAUAAUUGGCCAGCCAAAGAGUAUUUUUUCGAUCAACUGGAAUACGACGAGCAAGCACGAGAAGCUAUUUGGUUGAUUGACAAUCAUGGUGCCGUUUACCAGAAAGCAGUAUUGUUGAAAUUGGAUGAAACGCAGCGUGUACACGUUUACAUGGAACGAGCUACGCAAGUGAUCGUGAAUUACGCUCGUCCUCGUAUCAGUUCGAGAUUUAUUCUUCAGACAUGGUUCGAAGCUCGUAAUUUGAUGAGCAAAGAUCAGUUUUUGACUCUAUUUCGAGAUCUGUUGAACACAGAAGUGAAAGAUGUCCUUCUGACGGAGAUUUGGGCCAGCGCCAAGGAUGAUUUCAAACAACACGUCGUCUGUGCCAAUGUUCAUGAAAUUAUCAGAAAAGUAUUAACAGGAUGGAAGUGGCGCGACGAUUACGAUUUCAUAUUUGUUUUGUUACAAGAUUCCAAUGCUAUGGUGAAAAAAUCUAUCUCAAUGCAAGAAUUUUUCUACGACUACUGCAAAAGUUUAAUAGGUAACAGUAAAUUGCAAGAGCUUGAUCGAUUGCUGGAUUUCUGUUUACCUGAUGUCGAAGAUUUGGUACAAUUUAAAAUUAACUUCGUGUAUGGUUCGGAAUCUGAUUUUUUCAACGCUCAGUGCGAAAAAUUAUUGAUCAACGGUAAAUUUCUGGAGCUCGAUCAGUUGCUGGAGUUUUGUUUGUCCGACGCCGAGGUUUUGCUGAAUUUUAAAACGAACUUCAUCAAUUCGAAACAUGACGUUAUCAGUACGCACUGCGAAAUGUUACUAACGAGAGGUAAAUUUCAAGAGGUUGGCAAAUUUCUGGAAUUUUGUUUUCCCUACGCUGAGGAUUUGUUGCAGUUUAAAAUGAACUUGGUGAGUAAUUCGAAAAAUACUAUCAUCAAAACGCAUUGCGAAAGAUUAUUAACGAGCAGUAAAUUUCAAGAGCUUGAUCAAUUGCUGGAAUUUUGUUUGCCCGAUACCGACCAUUUGGCGCAAUUUAAAAGGAACUUCGUGUACAGUUGGGAGCCUCAGUUUUUCGGUUUCGACGCCCAUUGCGAAAAAUUAUUGGUAGACGGUAAAUUUCAAGAGUUCGAUCAGCUGCUGAAAUUCUGUCUUCCCGACGUCGAGGAUUUUCUGCAGUUUAAAAUGAACUUCAUGUAUAAUUCAAACCAUAAACUUAUCAAUACGCAUUGCGAAAACUUACUAAUGAACCGUAAAUUUGAAGAGCUUGAUCGACUGCUGAAAUUUUGUCUACUUGACGCUGAUAAUUUAGCGCAGUUCAAGAUGAACCUCGUGAAGAAUUCGAAACAUGUUGGAAAAACCUGUUGGGAGUUUUAUUCCUCAGGUUACCUGAACGAUUUGAAUAAUUAUCUCAAGCAACUUUUAACCUCUGAUGCUGUGGUCCAGUAUAAAAAGGAUUUGAUUACUUCGUCGCACGGAAUCGACAUGUGUAUUGGUCUCAUGGAUACAAAAUUUUCCAUCCUGAAUGGAAUUUUACAAGACGUUUUAAGAAAUCCGAUUUCGAUAACAGAAUUCAAAAAAACGAUGAUUUUUUCAUCAGCGGCUAUUUCCAAACUAACCGAUUUAUUAUUGAAUAAUCGUUUAAACGAUGUACAGGUCUGUAUUGAUCGGUAUCUCAUCUCGACUGACGAUAGAUACGCGUUGAAGAAGCGAUUGAUGGGCGAUAUUACGAAGCUGAUACAGGCGGUAUUGCGUAAGAACGAUGAAUCGUACUUGCAAACUGUUUUGGUUUGGUGGUUUGGAAAUGAAAAAACCGUGCAAGAGUUCAAAAGCGCGUUUGACUUGGAUUCGGUUUUCAUCAGUAUACUGAAAGAUUGUGUGUUUCGCGAGUACCAUCAUCAUUUGACGAAAUGCAGCUUUAAAUGGUGCCAGCUCACCGAUUUCAACGUUCUCGAUCGGUUUUUAAAUUGGUAUUUUCAGUCGCCGGUUAAAAUAAAAGAGUACAGAAUGAAGGUUAUUUAUUCGUAUUCGAAAAUAGAUAUGUUCCAGACUUUAUUGAGAGGAAGUCGAGGCGAUAUGCAGAUGAGAAUGGUGUUAGAAUGGUUUUUCAAAAAUGACGCUGUCCAAAUUUAUAAAUUCAAACAGCUUGGUGGUAAAAUUACGAAUCUAAUUUAAUUUAGGCUGUUUGGUAUUGGUGUGUUUUUUUGUAGUUGUCUUGGAUUUAUUGUUUCUUAUACGAUGUUGUGUUUUUUAAUUCUUUGUUAUUUUCGUUGUGAAUCGACUAUUAUCAUUACGUACCUACCUCCCUUUUACGUUAUUGUUAACUUUUAGUGUUAUUUUUGUACGGUUUUUUCGUCAAGAAUUGAUAUUAUGUUAGGUACCUAUCGUUAAUGUCUUUCUGAAAAGUAGAAACUUGUAUCGAGUUUUUAAAUGAAAUUACUACGAAUAUUAACAUUUUGUUGUUCGUGAAAAUCUAUAAAGUUCUUUUUUCGUUCAAUUUAAGAUUUUAUCAUAUUCCUGAGAACUGAACUCGUCAAUGUUCAAAAUUCAAUUAUCGAUCAAUUGCUUCAAUUUUUUUUGUGCGAUGUCAAAGAUUUGAAGCAGUUCAAAACGAACCUCGCAAAUAAUUCGGAACAUUUUUAAAAAAAGGUGUUUGAAGUUUCAUUCUUCAAAAGACACGAAAGAUUUGAACACUUAUCUCAAACAGCUUUUGGCUCCAUUUCCUGGCAUUGUCGCUCAGUGCAAAAAGAAUUUGAUAUCAUCAUUCCAAAGAUAAGGUGGCAAAAGUGCUGGAGUGAAUACAUUAUGUAUUCUCGAUUGAAAUAUUGUUACUUACUGUCUAUUUUUUAGUUUUAUUCGUGUUUUUAUUCUUAUGAAUUGGCUUAUUAAAUCGCCAUCUCUGUAUUUUUAAUUUUUACUUGGUCUUAAGCACCAUUCUAUUUGUGGUUUUUUAUUUUCGUCAAGAAAUCGACUUAUUACAUCAAAUAAAGUCACAUUAUUCAAUGUCUUUUCUGAAAAGUUUAAUCAUAUUUCGAUAAUAAAAUUUCUACGGAUGCAGUUGAAUUUA